GUCCGCGUCACUCGGAGGCAGCGGCGCCGCUCUUCAAGAUGGCGGCCGCGCCGGGGCUGGUGUGCAGUUUGUUACGGCAGCUGCAUCGGGUUGAUUGUGUGCCAUUCUUGAAUUGUGCUGCUAAUAAUACGAUAGCAGUACGCUUUUGGAAAAGGCCAUUGCCAACCCUGUCAUCGGGAAUCAAGUUGGGGUUUUCGCAUUACUCCACAGCUCCCUUGAUAACCAAAACAGAUGACCCCGAUACACUUUACAAGAAAGUCUGUGUGUUGGUAAAAGGCCAUGAUAAAAUGGUACUGGAUAGCUAUGAAUAUUUUGCCACACUUGCUGCAAAAGAGCUGAACAUCACUGUUGAUAAAGUGAAUGAGCCCACAAGGAAAAUCGAUAGAUUGACACUUCUCAAAUCUAUCCACAUUUUUAAGAAACAUCGAGUUCAAUAUGAAAUGAGAACACACUACAGAUGCAUAGAGCUCAAACAUUUGACUGGAAGCACUGCUGAUGUAUAUUUGGAAUAUAUCCAGCGCAAUCUUCCAGAAGGUGUCGCAAUGGAGGUAACCAAGACAAUGUUAAAAAAACUACCAGACCAUCUUAGGGAGCCUAUCUGGAACUCAGAUUCUCCUCAAGAUGAAGAAAAGCCAGUUUGAUUAAGCAAAAGUGGACAAUAUGUAAUGACUACUUAUUUUGAAUUGAAAUAAUCUGAAGGUCCUGACUUGAAAUGUUAACUACCGAUGUUCUCCAGAGAUGCUGUCUGACCUGCUGACUUAUUCCAACACUUUGUGUAUUUUUAUGUUAACUAGCAUCUGCAGUUCCUUAUGUCAUCAAAUAAAGUUAAUUUGUCAAAAUGCUA